CGACUAGCCGAUUUGCCAAAUCAGCAUGUCUGCCUUCGAGACGAACCUGAUGCUGAGCAUGGGCAUGCUUUGGUCUUCUCCACUCCUUCCUUUCUUCACACAGGCCGACAUGCUGCAUUCUGUUCGUUCUCUCUCUUGUCUGCAAAGCCCCUGGAUCAUGCACUCGGACCCUGUUCAACCACGGACAAUUUCACGUAUAGCAAGCUCUUGAAGUCGGAGAAAUUAGACGGUCUUCUCCACCACCCCGAAAUGUUGGCCACGCAAGCGGCAUGCCGACGACAAUGGAGACGAGCAGCAGCGGUGAACGCGUUCACUUCAAUUGUUCGGAUUAACUACAAACCCUCUACAGCUGUUCCUCUGGGCGGAUUGUGUGGCCACCGCUGGCGAAGGAGGGCUUCCUCUAUUAAUUGGUAG